AUGAAAGUACGUGGAAGAUGUCUAGGUACUUUCAUUAGAAAAAUAUCACGAAUCAAACACACUUACUGUUAGCAAUCCGAUGACGCUAAUUUUUCUUUUUUUUAAUUACUUUUUCACAUUAGAGACUUGCAUUUUCAUGGAAAUAACUUUCUCUCUCCCUCUCUUUCAACUUUUGUCAGAAAUAAAUUGCCGAUCUUCUUCACUUUUCUUAUUCUGAAAAUUUCUGAAUUGGUGAACAUUCGUGACCAUUUUAUGACGACUGAGUUGAAAUUUAAAAAUAUACUACAUGACGUGUUAAGAAUUCAGAGGGUAAACGGCUAACAAGAAAUAAAUUAAAUUAACUGAUAAAUAUUUUAAUCGUACGAUAAGUGGAUAGUAAGCAUCUGACAGAAAUGUUGAUUGCUCUGCAACGACUGAAUUUAAAAUAAAAAGCACGAAUAAUUCAGAGGACGAUUAAUAAACUAGAUAAAUAUACUUGACGAAACAAAGAUAGUACGAGCGAAUUAUGACACGAUACAAAGGGGUUGGUUCACCCUUGAUAGAUCGAAACGAAUGUGUACACCAUCGCGUGGAGCUGGCGGAGAACUGUUCGCAGUGACAGAGCGGCCGAUAAUACAGAAUAAAACGAAAACAAGGAUAGCGAAAGCCCACAACACCCUGACGAACAUACCGUGGGACUUAGACAGGGACAAUAUAUUCCAGCAUAUUGAUAUUUUCAUCAGCAGGUGCCACGACAUGAUUGAGAUCUGUCAGGCGAUGAUCGAUUUUGCCAGAAUAGACGAAACGACGGAGAUGAUGAAACCAAUGUUCAGUGGAACGAAGGGUGAAGAACGAGAGAGGGUGUGUCAAAAGAUCGAGAGAUUGUUUCACGAGGCGCUGAAGAGGAUCGAGGAAAAUUCUCACAAGAUCUUCGACGUUUAUCGUAGCACGUGGCACGAUGACAUGUUCGCCUUUCACAACGAGAUGAAAGAUCUAGAAGUCAUCAUCGAAAACCUGGUCGCGUCAGUUUUCGCGCGUAUGAGCAGCGUGCAAGACGCGGUGGCGGAUCUUCAGGGUUUCUACCCUUACAUGAACCGCGACAAACUGAAAGCUCUGUUCAGUGCUAAAACACUCGAGGUAUCAAAGUUAGAAAAUGAUCAUUAA